GCCGCAUCCUGUGCCUCUCCUGGCACCCGUCGGACACUCACAUAGCGGCCGGCUCCAUUGACAUCCUCCGCGUGUUCGAUGUCCGUUCAGGCCAAACCGUGCAGAGGGUCAUGGUGAACUACCACGUGCAGAAGGUGAAACGUGAGUGCAUCGUGUGGAGCAUCGCCUUCCUCUCCAGCGGCACUGUCGUCACCUCGGACUCCUUCGGGAGGGUGCAGUUCUGGGACUGGGAGCGAGGGACACUGCUGGAGUCCCACACCAUCAGCACCUCAGCUGUCCUCUCUCUGGCCGUGUCAGAGAAGGAGGACAGCAUCAUUGUGGGCACCUCGACUGGGGCCACCUACCAGUUUCAGCUGCUGCCAGUGAAGAUAGGCAGCUUGGAGAAGCGCCGGGGGCGGGCAUCCCCCCACGAGGUGCGAGCUGUGGCGCACAGCUCGACGGCUCUCAUCUCUGGGGGCCUGGACGCCCAACUGGUAAUCCGCCCACUGAUGGAGAAGAUGCAGAAGAAGGGCUAUGAGGCAGCGCUCCGCAAAUUCACCUUUCCUCACCGACGCCUUGUCUCCUGUGCCAGGAAAGCCCGGCUGCUCCUCUUCCAGUUCUCCCAGCACCUGGAGCUCUGGAGACUUGGCUCCACUGAUGAGACGGGAAGCGAUGGCGAGGUCCUUCCCUUGCGCCGCAUGCCUGAGCACCUUGUGCAGCUCAAGAGCAAGGGUCCAGAGCACAUCUACUGCAGCUGCGUCUCGCCCUGUGGCAGCUGGGUCUCCUACUCCACAGCU